GUGAGUGUUCCUGCUUGUGAUCUGACAGAGGUGCGGCAGAAAUUGGCUGGAUUUCACCGAGGGUCAAAUAAAUUACCGCCACAUCGUCUAAACGUAUGCUGAAUUUGACCUCAGUCCGCCAGAUUGUCUGCAGGAUUAUUGUUCUCAUUGGAGCCCGCAGCCCCCCGUCAUAUUAUUUACCAUCUUGGAUUAACGGGUUUAAAUUAUCUGCUAAACUCAAGCCCUUCUGAAGCAAUAUCCAUCUGAGGACCUUUGUGAAGACCCUCAGGUCGAGUGAAGAUGGAAGACUCGGAAACUGAGCUGGCAUCAUCUGAGCCUGAUGCCCUGGGUGCUGACUUCAUCACAGUGGAGCUGGACACCCAACCCAUCGAGUACGUGGUGAAGUGGGCUGAGGUGGGCUCCAAGUUCACCAUCUCCUGCGUGAAGAAGGAUUCGGACGAUCCAUCCGACCUGACGCCAGACCAGCUGAAGGUGGAGGCAGAUGAGACCUUCUUCGCCCCAUAUGAGGAGGUGUACCCCUGCGAGGUGACAGAGCAGAGCGUGGAGAUAAAGAUGGACUCUGAUGAAGAGGAGGAAGACAUGGAAGAUGAAGAGGACGAGAGCACAGUGGGGGAAGUAGGGAGCAGCCAACUGGACAGGGAUGGGGAGGGGGAGUCGGACCAGGAGGAUUAUGACCCAGAGGAGAGACAGUAUCGCUGUAACUACUGUGGCAAGUGCUACAGCCACGCCUCCAGCCUGUACCGACACCAGCAAACCCACACCGGGAAGGCGUCUGCCAUGACCCCAGCCGCCCGGCGGGCGGUCCAGCCAGCGGUGAAGGAGGCCGGCUACACCUGCCCUCACUGUGGGAUGACCUUCAAAGGCAGCCGCAUGCUGGGCAGCCACCUCCGGCUCCAUGGCAAGCGUCGUAUCCACCCCUGUAACAUCUGUGGGAAGGAGUUCAACCACAGCUCCAGUCUGUCCCGACAUCGCCUCAUCCACAAGAAAGGGAAAGGCAUCCCCAAAGAUGUGGCCAUGGGCGCGAAUAUGGCACACCUACGACGCUCGCUCAAGUCUGGCAAGAACAAGAAGACCAAGAGGCAGCGGCAGCACAUGGGCAGCAGAGAGAGCAAGCAGAUGGGCCACCUCCCUGCCAUCAUCCAGGGUCAGGGUGGAGAGAAGUUCUACGCCUGUCCUCAGUGCGACAUGACCUUCAGGACGUCCACCUUGCUGUCCAAACAUCAGGUCACCCAUGUCAAAGAGCUGCUGGACAACUACACCCCUGGCAAGGAGAACCUGGGAGAGAGCUCCUCGGACCUGAAGAUCCGGCUGAAGCUCUGUUCCCGAGACAAACCCAACUUCUACACCCUCUGCAAGAAGAACCGGCGCCGGCGGGGUGGGGGCAGAGCCUCCGGGAAGCGGAUCUCUGUCUCUACUGCCUCUGAGGAAGAGGAGAUGGGAGGGGGAGGAAGACAUGGCUGCAACCAGUGUGGAAAGCGGUUUAGCCACGCCUCCAGCCUGGCACGUCACCAGCAGACCCACAAGAGCGAUGGCAGCCGGGCCAAGUUCAGCUGCAGCUGCUGUAGCAAGGCCUUCCAGCGCAGGGCGGAGCUUCUUCAGCACCAGAAAAGCCACCCGUCCCAGCCAAGGAAGACCUACAGCUGUACCGUCUGCAGUAAGACUUUCAUGCACUCAUCCAGCUACUCGCGGCACAAAAAAGCCCACCGGGAACAGCAGGAGAGAGAGAGGGCAGCCAAAAGGAGGAAGAGAGGAGCUGUGGACGAGACAGCUCCCUUAGAGACAGACUCAGAAUGAGAGCACCCUCUGCUGGAUCUGCUGACUAGCUAUCCAGGUUUGGGACUCCAACUGUUAAUUUCUCUGGUGUAGAUAGCAGUGGGAUAUCCAUAUAUGGGCAUAUAGCAACAGGAUAUCCAUAUAUGGUCAUAUCCAUACAUGCUUAUAUAUUGCUCUUGGGGUGGGGAUUAGAAUUAAGUGCAAGACCUCCCCUUACCCCCUCCUUCUCCUCUUAAUGUUUGUUAGAUUGCACUGUUCCUUGUAACCCACAGAAAAGUUGAUGAUUUAAUUAACUUCUAUUGUUGACAUUCCCUUUUCGGUCACCAUGGCUGCAGGUUCAUUGGAACAGGAGGUUGAGGUAAAGUAGUUUCUGUCUAAAUCUGUCAGGAUGGAACUAGACAUCAACUCUGCUGUAGAAAGUGAAUGAAGUUCCACUGUUAGCUGUCUUUCUCUCCAUAAAUCCUGAAAAGAUGGCUGGUAGCAAACCACCCACCUAGACUUCCACCCUACUGUCACAACCAGCACUAAAUCCAUAAGACCUCGGCCCUGCUGUGACACCAUCUCCCUUCAAAUCACUUCAAGAAUGAUUGGUCCCUAACAAGCUACAUUCAAGGUUUUAGCCUCAAUAACAGAAAUUUGAAGUCUGACUCCAUUUAAAGGACGUUAGGCUGUCUGAGGCCUGGUUUCACCAAUAAAACAGGCUUCAUCUCUGUAGCUUUCAAUAUUUUUGAUGUGCUAUUUUUUGUCCAUUCUGUUGUUUCCAAGUGACUUUUUUGAGAGCAGAUUGGUCAGUUCCUGUACUGCAGAGUUCUGAUAGGUUAAUUGAACUAAAGCUUCAGUGUUUGACUUCUAUAGUUGACUUUAUGGGUUAAAAUCUGAAAUCCAAGAAAUCACACCUAUUCUUUCAUACUUGUCUCAAUGCACACAGCGUCAUCCGCCAACUAUCACUCCGCAUAUGUAUGCAUGAAGACUAUAACCUGAGACCUCGUGUAGACCUAUCUGUAAAUUCUACAUCCGCUGUGUGUAUAUCUGUUUGAUAUUACAAUGUUGACAACUGAGACAUUUAUGAAUCCUUUACUGUGUUGAUGUUGGAGUCUAGCUGGAGAGUUCAGAUUUUUAAACAAGCAUUUGUUGAGGUUGUCAGGGGAACUGCACUUCUAAUUUAUAAAAUUAAAAACAAAGUUGUAAUAUAUGAAUGGUAUUCUAAUGGUAUUCACACCAAGAGUCCAGGCACUCGGAGUGCUCCACAGCACAACCACCAUCAUCACCGUGAUGACCACUGCCUAGCAACACAACACCAUCAUCACCGUGAUGACCUCUGCCUAGCAAAUCACCGUGGUGACCUUUGCCUAGCAACGCAUCAUCACCGUGGUGACUUCUACCUAGUAACACAACCACCAUCAUCACUAUGAUGACCUCUGCCUUGCAACACAACCACCAUCAUCACUGUGGUGACUUGUACCUAGUAACACAAACACCAUCAUCUCCAUGGUGACCUCUGCCUAGCAACACAACCACCAAAGCCUACGCACGGCAACACGAUGAGGUCCGAAGGACAUUUGAUGCUGUCUGUCAUCUUCAAACCUUAAGACCAUCUCCCAAAAUGUCGGCCACAAUGUCUGUUUUAGCUUCAAGCACAACAUGGGAAUACACACCUGGGCUUAGAAUACCAUUUAAUGUUUGGAAUUGGAUUGAAUUUAAUUGUGUUCUAUUUAUGUCUUUUGGCGUCUGAAAAUGAGCGCCUUGGGAGUUGUGUAGUUGCACGUAUCAAGCACAGAUGCACCAUGAAAUAUAUAUAGAAAAAAAAUUAAUACAAAAGCGACAAAACUGCUUGGUACGUUUCCCUUUCCUGUUUCCUUUCCAUUGGUUUGUUUGUUUUUGUUUUUUAUCGUUUGAAGUGUUAGAAACUGGUUGACUUCAGUCCUUUAAAAAAAAAAAUCCCCGUUUUUAUUUUAUUUUAUUUUUUUGGACAUCCAUGGCAUUUGCAUUUAGAGUUCUCUUGUUUCUUUCUGUCCUGGCUGUUUUGGUUCCCGGGUGGCUGCAGACCAGUGCUGCACAUCACCGAAUGUUCAAUAGAAGGAAAUCCAGUUGACAUGUUUUGUCUUGCGUUUUGUAAUAAACCUCUGAAAGAAGCUCCUGCAUGCUACUGUUUCUGUGGGUGUGUGUGUAUGUGUUGUAUUUCUAUAUUUGUGAGGGCCAAUUUGAGUUUUUAACCAUCAGAAUGAGGACAUUUUGGUUGGUCCGCACUUCUAUUAUAGGGUUAGCACUUGGGUUUUAGGGUUAAAGUUAGGAUUAAGGUAAUGGUUACAGUUAGACAUGUGAUUGUGAUGGUAAAGGUUAGGGUUAAGGGCUAGGGAAUGAAUGGAGUCAAUGAGGGUCCUAACAAAGACAGAAGAACAAGAAUUUGUGUUCAGAUUCAGAUGUCAAUUGAAAACAAUUCAUAAAUAAAAGCUUAAACUUUUGAAAUAUAUGCGUCAAUUGUAGAGGAAACCAUUUAACACAAACUUUUCUCAAAGAUUCAACUGAACAAGUUUUCAACCUGCAAUUUAACAAAAACCUUCCAUCAGUUUUAAUUGAACUAUAAAUGUAUAAUAUAUAUUUGAAUAUCACACAUUUAAAUUUCCCAAAUGAAUAAUCAAC